AUGCGCGCCGGGGCGGCGUCCGCGGUCGACGUCGCCGCGACGCGUCCACCGCGCGUCGUCGCUCGCGGGUCGCGCGCGGCUCCGCGCGCGUCGCCGCCGCGGCCGAUGUCGCGCCCGGCGGCGCCGACGUCGCCGCUCAGCCCCGAGGUCGCGGAGAUGUUGCUUCGGUUCGACGACGACGACGACGACGACGACGACGAGACGACGGCGUGGCGGUUCGAGGAAGACACCGGCGCGAUCGACUGGAGACGCGCGCCUCCGUGCCCGCCUCCCUCGAGCGCGUCAUCGCGGACCGUCGCGCGGUCGGAGCCCGCGAGGGCGCUUCGACGCCUCGCGACCGUCUCGCUGCGUCGCGUCGCGCGCGGCGAGCUGCGAUCGCGAGCCGACGACGAAGCCGCGCACGGACCGCUCCUCGAGCGCCUCCACCGCGACCUCCGCGCCAUCGCGAACGACGAGAAGGAGGAGGAGGAGGAGGAGGAGGAGGAGGAAUUGGACGACGCGCCCGCGGCCGCUCCCCGACGGCGGCGACGCCGCUCCUCGUACGUGAUCCUAGCCCUGAGCCUCGCGAUCCUGGAACGACGCGUCGCGGACCUCUACGUCGCCGACGGCGCGCGGUCGCCGCUGCUGUCCGAGGUGCUGGCGUCGUCGCGCGUCGCGGAGGCGCUGACGACGCGUGCUGACGUGGAAGAUGACGUGGAAGAUGACGUGGACGCGACGUGGCCGCUUCGAAUGGCGCUGGACCCGCGGUGCUUGAACCUUCGAAACGUGACGUGGCACGGGUUCCUCCUCCCCGCGGACGCGCGGCCGGAGCUCGCGGCGUUGGCGCUGACGCUCGCGGCGUCGAUACCGCCGCCGCGAGGACGAGGACGACGCGGAGGAGGUUUGAAUUCAAAAACGACAGCGACAGACGGCGGCGACGGGACGCGCGAUCUCGAGCGAUGCGAACGCGAACUCCUCGCGCGCGCGCCGUCGCUCGGCGGCUCGGCGAUCGCCGACGCCGACGCCGCCGAACGCGCGCGGCGCGUCGUGGCGCGCUCGAGCUUCCUGCCCCCCGGGUGGCGCGCGCCCGCGGGCGACGCGAUCGAGGACCUCCUGCGCGACGGCGACGACGCUUCGUUCGUCGCCGUCGUCGCCGUCGCCGUGGAAGCGGCGCUGCGCGCGACGUUCGCGAAGGACUGA